UCGGUUCGGUUAUUCGGAUUCGGAUUUUUUGCCCAGCCCUAGUAAAUAUCGUUAAAAAAAAAAUCAAAACAAAUAUUUGAGUAUCUUAAUUAGUUUAGAAACCGAAUAAAAACUAUAACGAACUCAGUUAGUUUUUUUUCGCGCAAUCUCCGACUCAUAUACUAUUAAACAAACCAAGGAGAACCUCAUUAUUCACCUGAUUGAAGUUUUUUUAUCAAACGAAACUCUCCUCUUGGAUUUUCAAAUUAUGAGUAGAAAUCAGAAUCUUCAAGAGAUCGCAAACCGUGUAUGAUUUUUAUUCUUUAUCUGUAAAUCCUUUAAUAUUCAUCUUACAUUGUAAUUUGUAUCAUGGUUCCCUCAGUUUAUUUCUCUAUCAUGUAUGAACUCUUAUAUAUCAAUAUUAAUAAUACAAUCAGGUUGACGUCCGAAAAAACUACUAUGCAAAUAUUGUAAUAAAUGGAGAGACGUAUGAUCCAAUUAUAUUAUUAAUUACCUUAUAUUUUGACCAAUACCUAUUAGGAAAAGUAUCCUAACAAAAGCAUAAAGUUAUAUUUACAUAAUGUAUAAAAUAUAUGCAAUACCUUUUUAUUCACUACUUGAAUAUUUAAGACGAUUUUAUAAUUUUAAAAACAAAGGGAUAAACUUUAAGCAACACUAUGCACACUGCAUCUAGACUCUAUGAUUUUUAGAGAAUCUGAAAAAAAUACAAAAAAAGAAGACGGAACAAAAAGAGGAUCUGAGGUAACAUUUUCAAAUACUAAAAUCAGAAAUAUUAUUCGAUAAAAAAAAACUAAAGUAGUAGAGUAAAUAUCGUAAAAAAUCAAAACAAAUAUUUGAGAAUCUUAUGUAGAAACCGAAUAAAAACUACAACCCAACACAACAACUAUAUUAGUUAGUUUCUUUCGCACAAUCUACGACUCAUAUUUAAACAAACCAAAGAGAACCUCAUUAUUCACUUGAUUGAAGCUUUUUUGUCAAACGAAACUCUCCUCUUGGAUUUUCAAAUUAUGAGUAGAAAUCAGAAUUUUCUAGAGAAGACCGCAAACCAUAUCAAGGACGAAAUCGAAAGAUGUAUUAAAAAAUAUAUGAAUUUGGAACAAACCAUUACGUAUAUACAUGAAAAAUACCAUAUUCAUCAUGUUAUCACUAGCGCAAUUUGGGAACGUCUUCAAGAAGGUAAUCCAGAUUUCUUCGAAGAAUACUACAAACGAUGCGAAGUUGCUCGUCAAAUAGCUGCAUUCAACGACUUGCUUGCUCAACAAGUAGACCUAAUGCACAAACUUAGAGAAAUUGAGCUUAGUAACGUUGCACCAGUAACACAACUUCAGCAACCUAUUGAUCAAUUUCAUCAUCAUAAUGAUCAAGUUAAUCAUCACCAUCAUCAUCACCAUCAAGAUCAUAUUUAUGAUCAGUGGAUUGCAUCUAAUGAUUUUGCUUAUAUAGAGAACUCAGUCUCUUCUCUCAUUGACGCGUCAUGGAUUGCUGCACCACCACAAUCAAAUAUUUUUAAUUACGGUACUGAUUUUCAAGAUAUGAUGAGUAUAGAGCAAUUCACUAGAGAAUUAGAUCAACAACAACAAAUAUUGCAACUAAAAUCUCAGCAACCAGAACAUCUAACAGAUCAACAAGUAGAAUAUUGUCCUCAGAAGCAUGAUUAUACGACAUUACCUGUGCAACAAGUGCCUGCUCAAUCUCUGGCUUCUUUGAACAGUCUUGAUUUUGCAGGUGAUGGAUUAACCAACAACCACGGCUCAACAGCAACAACAGGGAGUGAUGCAACAAAAGAAAUUCGCAAAAAUAAUCAGUAAUGGUCUAAAUGACCUUUUCUUGUUUCCUUUUUCUUCUUUUGGUCUGUUCCUUUACUUCAGAACACUUAUAUGAAAUAAAGGGAGCUGACAAUAAAGUGUAGAUAGAUAUUACGGGAAUGCAUAUUUUUUCUAGCGUUUGUGGGAAGAAUUAAAGAAAUAAUCCACAAGAUUUCUGCAAGAUAUUUUUUUAAAAAGAAUUAGUGUAAUAUUAGCAGCAAAAUUGAGAGAGAAUGGCCAACUUUACCAACGGUGGUGUUUUUUUUUUUUUUUUUUUUGAAACACACCAACGGUGGUGUUACAAAAUAUGUUUUCUACUAGAAAACGGAUGUAAAAGAAAACCAGAAUACAGCUGGUUUUAAAUUAAAUGGGUAAAUUUGGUCUAAUCUUGUGGUACAGUUUUAGUUCCAGACUAGUAUUUAACAAUAACGAAAUUCCUACAUCGGAAGAAACAUAUUGUGUUUUAAUGUAUAUAAAAGUUACAAUUCACGAUUACUAGACUUCGAGCUUAGUAACGUUAGCUUGGAUCCAUGGAGACAUAAAGGUGACGAAACAAUUGGGUCGGGGGUUUGGUUUGGUUAGAGGAGGAUUAUCUACUGGCUAAGAAAGGAGUUCAGCGCCUGAAAUUGAGCUUAGGCUUGCAUGCUAGGCCUCUUUUAGUAUCGUAGAGCGGAUGGAUUAUUGGACACUGGUAGUCUGAACCAACUAUGACCCGGUUCCAAUUGGACCAUCAAAGGUUUUUCUAAUCUUAAUUUAUGGCAGUGGGGAAGCAAAUUGCUUAUUUACAUUUAUUUCUAUCCAAAACAAAAUCUUAAGAAGUUUCUUGUCUUUGUGAGACGAUCAGAAGAAUUCAUCAAAUCUAGUCUUUAGUUUUUGUUAUUGUUUUCUUCUGUUCGGUAGGUUAUAAUUUUUCUGAGUUGUUGGAUUUCAAGAGUGAGGUUGGGAACAAUGAAUAGCGUUGCUUCUUGGUUCCUUAGCGUUCUUGCUCAUGGACUAUUAUGAUAGUCGAGGGGUGGAUUAAUCUUAUCGUAUAUUCACAAUGGCGAGUCUUCUGUUUAUAAAGGAUGAUGAAGGAAUUAUAUUUUCCUAAUGAAUAUGAAAAAACUUAUUUUGACCUUACUCCCCAUCAAAAACUUAUUUUGACCUCAAGCAUCCAGAGACCAACAACAUCACAAAAUCAUUGAUGGUCACCAAAUUCAAAAAGAAGUUCUUAGCAAUCAGCGAUCACAAUAUGAGCUGUUAGGUUACAAGAGUGACGCUGGGACAAGGGCAGUGCUUCUUGGUUCCUUAACGACCGAAGAUGUUUUGCGAAUUUCAGAAAACAAUGGUUACAACAUGGAAGACAGAAGUUCAGAACAAGGGUUUUCAGUGUUCUGUUCCUUUUUUGAUAAGCUUGUGGUUUCUUGAGAUACAACUGGUCUUAUAUAUGUGGUAAAUCUUCUGCUUAAAGGAGUUUGAUACAGAUGUGUUAAUGGCUGCAUAUGAACCCAUUCUCAUCUAGUAAACUCCCAUCCAACGCUUUGUUAUUGUUGUUCCACAUGUCUGUAGUCUCAUGUGUGUUUCCCCUCUGAGCCAAAGUGCGUAUCCUCUGGGAGA